UGGCUUUCACCAACUUAUUGUGUAGCACAGAACAGCUUUCAAGUUUAUCUGAAAGAUGACGGUUUCAUUCUAGUGGAAGUGGUAUGGAGAGUGCAAUCACGCUGUGGCAGUUCCUGUUGCAGUUGCUGCUGGACCAGAAACAUGAGCAUCUGAUCUGCUGGACCUCCAACGAUGGUGAAUUCAAGCUCCUCAAAGCCGAAGAGGUGGCCAAACUGUGGGGACUCCGAAAAAACAAAACAAACAUGAAUUACGAUAAGCUGAGCAGAGCCCUGCGUUACUAUUAUGACAAGAACAUCAUCAAGAAGGUGAUUGGGCAGAAGUUUGUGUACAAGUUUGUCUCUUUCCCGGAGAUACUGAAAAUGGACCCUCACACGGUGGAGAUCAGCCGGGAGAGCCUUUUGCUGCAGGACAGCGACUGCAAGGUGCCUCCCGAGGGCCGCGAGACGCACAGACACGGCUUGUCAGCCCUCAAAGGCACGAGCCGCAACGAAUACAUCCACUCAGGCCUGUACUCGUCCUUCACCAUUAAUUCUUUGCAGAACCCCCCAGAAUCCUUCAAGGCCAUCAAGACGGAGAAGCUGGAGGAGCCGCCAGAAGACAGCCCUCCCGUAGAAGAAGUCAGGACUGUCAUCAGAUUUGUGACCAAUAAAACCGACAAGCACGUCAGCAGGCCCGUGGUGUCCCUGCCCUCCACGUCUGACGCCUUCCUGGCCUCAUCCGUCUCAGCCAAGAUCUCCUCUUUAAUGUUGCCAAAUGCCGCCAGCAUUUCGUCCGCAUCGCCCUCCUCGUCUCGGUCCCCGUCGCUGUCCCCCAACUCACCCCUCCCUUCUGAACACAGAAGCUUCUUCCUGGAGGCCGCCUGCCAUGACUCGGAUUCCCUGGAGCCCUUGAACCUGUCUUCGGGCUCCAAGACCAGGUCUCCAUCUCUUCCCCCAAAGGCCAAAAAGCCCAAAGGCUUGGAAAUCUCCGCACCCCCGCUGGUGCUCUCUGGCACCGACAUUGGCUCCAUCGCCCUCAACAGCCCAGCCCUUCCCUCAGGAUCCCUCACCCCAGCCUUCUUCACCGCACAGACACCAAACGGACUGCUUCUCACCCCGAGUCCACUGCUGUCCAGCAUACAUUUCUGGAGCAGCCUUAGUCCAGUUGCUCCACUGAGUCCUGCCCGGCUGCAAGGCCCAAACACGCUGUUCCAGUUCCCAACACUGCUUAAUGGCCACAUGCCAGUGCCAAUCCCCAAUCUGGACAGAGCUGCUUCUCCAGUACUGCUUUCUUCGAACUCUCAGAAGUCCUGAUGACAUCUGGCCACAAUUAAAGACUCAUUAACUAAUGAAACAAAUUUGUCCCCAUGGGCUAGUUUACCUGUGUCAUGAGAAGGACUUUGUGAAACCCUCUGUUAAUUUGGUUUGCACUUUUCAUAACAUGGACAGUCUAGAUUUAUGUUAGCAUUUUUAAAACUUUUUUUAUAUUCAAGUAUAUAUGAAAAUCUGUUUUGCAUUAAGUGAAUUUUAAUGUUUGUUUUUAUAUCCUCGUAGCUCUUAAGUGUUGAACACUGUUGACAGUGAAGAACUUUUCUUAAUGGUUUUCAGUGUAACUAAUAAGGAUGUGAAGCUUUUCCCCCUUUAUUCUAUGUAUGCUGAACUGUGCUUAUAUACACUAUAACCAGCUGUGCCUUCCUUUGCAUUUAGUUUAAUGUAAAUGAUUUAUAUAUUUUUUAGUAUUAAGAGAAAAUGUUUGAAAGACAAAAAUUAGUAUCACACAGCUCUCUAGUAGAAUUUCAUUAUUUUUCACAAGUAGGCAAUAUGAAAGCAUAUUCAUAUUACUUUUUCUUUUUUGCUUUCAAUUAUAAUUGCCUUAGAGAACCUUUUGAACUGAAAUUCAAUAAAUGUAAUGUCCACAUAAUGUUUUUAUAAGAAACUAAGCCAUAUUUAGACAAUAAACAUUCACAAAAGAAAAUGUUCUAAAGUGCAUUUUUAAAAAAGUAAACUUUGAAAGGCUAGCCUCCUAGCUGUUCACAAUCUUUUAGACUCCUCCCAAACAAAAAACCUGAGAUGGAAAAGCUAUGUCAAGUUUACUCUAUCCAUACCCCUAAAAUAUUUCCUGAGUUAACAUGUUCUUAUUUCAAAAAAUUAGCUCUGGUUCUUCCCAUUUUCCAUAGAGAAUCACACUCCUCUGAUACAUUUCAUGUAUCAUUAUGAGUGAAUUGUUUCUCUAAAUCGCGGGAACUAUAAUUAACAUUUAAAAACGCUAUGCUUGGGAAGAGGCUCACAGACUGGUGAUGAAUACAAACAACAAACAAUUUUGUAACACAGGUAUCUUCAUGUAUAUAGCUAUAGCCUUGCUUGUGGGACUGGAGAGGUUAUUACUAAGUUUACGGUGAGAAUGAAGGAAAUGUGAUACAACAAAUACAAAAUUCUUCAGGAACCUCAUCACUGUGGAACUGAACUGAUUAUAUAACAAUGUGGAACACUCAGCAGUAAAUUCUUUUGUGUAGUGUAGUUUAGAGCAGUGAUAAUAGAGACCUAUUUUCUGUUCCUUCAAAAAAUCAGCAGGCACCACUCUAAGACAUUGUUCUGUAUGUUUAGUAGGAAAGUUUUAAUGUAAGAGAACUGGAAAGGGCUCUGCUUUCAAUUCAACAUCAGGUUCAUUAUCAUCCUUAACUAUAAGUAACAGAAACCACUUUGAAAUGUUACUGAAUAAUUAAUUGAUCCAAACCAGGUAUUAAAUAGCAGGGAUUAUGAGAAGGGUUUUGUAAAAAAUAAAGCUUAUAAAACCACAAGCAUUUUUUCAAUUUUCAAAAACUAAGAUUUUUGUUACAAUACUUACAAAUUUUGAGUUUCAAUUGAAAUUGAACAUCUCUAUGUGCCGGGAUGUAUGCCCUUAUCUGGAGAAAAAUCCAAACACUCUAGUAUGCAUCUUUGAAUACAAAGUAAUGGGACUGAUUCCAAAAUCCACAAAAAGACACUACUGUCACUCCCUCACGGGCUAAGUAUGAUUCUGUACUAAAAUAGCGGGUCCGGCUAUUUACCAAACAUAAAAUGUUAGAGCUAGAAGGGGCCUUUGAGAAUGUCCCACCACCCUUUUCAGAUAAGGACAAUUGCACAGGAGAAGCUGGGAGUUGCCUAAGGCCACACAGCCCAUCGAAGGUAAGACAAUGAUUGGUGCUCAGUCCAGUUGUGCUUCUACAUGCUUAUCUAAAGUAACUACUGGUCCAAAACUAUAUGUUAAGUAGAAAAAACAAAUAAAGAUAGAGCAUUUAAAAAUUAUGUGUCAGAGGACGCACCCCAAAUACAAGAUAAUUACAGAGACUAAAAAGGAAGUUAAUGUGCCAAAAAUCUCAACCCAAAAUAUUUUAAAACGUAAAUGCUGAUUGAAAAUAUUCAAAUGAUUAUAUAUCUGAAUUCUGGUAUUCCCUUCCUCCAAAUAUUAUGAUUAACAUAUACUCUAGCUCCAUUUACUAGAAAGGAGAAAAAUACCAUAAUUUUUGAUGGCUCAAAAACUCACUAUAACAUAGAGAACUGGCUAUUGAAGUAUAACCCUUAUAGCUCUGCCUCAUUCUAUGUGUUUGCUUUUUUUUUUAAUCAACUAUUUUAGUCAGAAAAUAGGUUUCAAAGAACAUAGUAACUUUUUCUUCCUUUUUAUAUGUCUAUUUGAUCAGUGUUAAACUGCAAUGGCUAAAGUUUUAUAGAACUAUAACCUAAACAUGGUCUCUUUGUACACAUCUUUUCUAUGACUGCAAAUCUUGAUUCACUUUCAUAUAUGUAUCAUUUUUACUGUUAUAUUAUUUUUGUUCAAU